ACGUGUACUACCAUUACCUUUAUUUUGGUGAUGAUCUCAUUCAUAAUUCCAUUUUAAAAUAAAAUAUUACUAGUCUGUUAAUAUAAUUAUUGCAUGCAAUGAAUGGCGCUAUUUGGAUUGUCACAGCUAGUCCUCUUUUCAUUUGUUGUUUUUUUCUUUUUUCCAAUUUAUUGUCUUUCUCCAGCAACAGGUGGAUUUUUAAAUAAUCCCCUGUGCAGUGAAAGGGAAGGACCAAAAACCUGUUUAUUGUUCUGUGAAAUUCUUGCUUGGUGUUUUCUUGCUUGCUUUGGGUGUGGGUUUGUGUCUUCCAAAGAAAACCAUAGUCCUUAACAAUAAGUUAACAUCAGGAACUUAAAAGGAAGCUGAGAAUUCUGACUCGUCCUAGUGGCAUCUCAGUGGAAAACCCCAAAGUUGAUGGACCUCUGUUGCAGAUUUUAUUUAUGAACAAUGUCAUUACUAAGCGGUAUCAUCAAGAAAUUGAAGAUUUUAUUUGUAGUUUAGUUCAAAAAUAUGAAGAGCAGAAGAAAAGUGAACAAGAAAAAUCACACUUGAAUGCUAAGCCACAGCCCUCCAGUGUUGUUCUGGAAGAGGACUGUAAAGGAACCAGCUCAAGUUCUGCUAAAAAAGUGAAAGAAGCUUUUAGUGUUGUAGGAAGUGUUCUGUAUUUUACCAAUUUUUGUCUCGAUAAACUGGGACAGCCUAUUUUAAAUGAGAAUCCACAGCUGACAGAAGGAUGGGAAAUACCUAAAUACCAGCAAGUUUUCAGCCAGAUUCUCUCCCUAGAUGGACAAGAAAUACAAGUAAAACCCAAAAGCAGGCCCAAACCUCAUUGUUUCAAUUGUGGUUCUGAAGACCAUCAAAUGAAGGAGUGCCCAAAGCCACGAAAUGCAGCUCGUAUAAACGAGAAGAGAAAGGAGUUUUUGGAAGCUUGUGGGGAUUCGAGCAAUCAGAAUUUUCAGCAGCGUUACCAUGCAGAAGAAGUAGAAGAGAGGUUUGGAAAAUUUAAGCCAGGAGUAAUUAGUGAGGUGCUGCAGGAUGCCCUGGGUGUGACCGACAGGAGCUUGCCCCCGUUCAUUUACCGCAUGCGGCAGCUGGGCUACCCCCCGGGCUGGCUCAAGGAGGCCGAGAUGGAGCACUCGGGGCUGGC